UCGCUUUGAGACUCAUCAGCAACUUUGUCCAAAGCAAAGCGACAACAUGACCAGCCUUACCGCCAGAGACAAGGACACAAUCAAGGCCUUCAUGGCCAAAGCAUCUGUGUAUUCAGAGGAAAUCGGCAAAGAUGCUCUGUGCAGGAUGAUCGCCGUGUACCCGCAGACCAAGACCUACUUCUCCCACUGGAAGGACGUGAGUCCAACCUCUGGCCACAUAAAGAAGCACGGAAUCACCAUCAUGAACGCGGUCUCCGACGCCGUGUCCAAACUGGACGACCUGAAGGGAGGACUGCUGAGUCUGAGCGAGCUGCACGCCUUCACCCUGAGAGUGGACCCGGCCAACUUCAAGAUUCUCUCCCACAACAUCCUGGUGGUCAUGGCCAUACUGUUCCCUGAGGAGUUCACUCCUGAGGUGCAUGUGUCCAUGGACAAGUUCCUGGCUGCUGUGGCUCUGUCUCUGGCUGAGAAAUACCGUUAAACUGCAACAGGAGAAGAAGAAGAAGAAGAAGACGCUGCUGCUGCUGCUGCUGCUGCUGCUGCUGCUGCAGCCAGAGCUUCUAUUCCAUCUCUGCACAAUGAAUAACAUCAAUCAAUCAAUAAAUAAAAUGCAGAAACGUGGAAAGAAA